AUGCCUUCCGGAACCGAGCACUUUAUGGACACCGUUCUUCGGUCUUUGGAUCUAUAUGCCACUCGACCACUUAUAAAGGAGGUUGUUGGUCCCGUGGAAGCGCGAACCUGCAACAUCAUAACCUACCAAGCUUAUGCCCACGAUUUGAGCAAGGCUGCUCUAUUCUGGUGGCAAACACUGUCGAAACUAGGUGUCGCUGUUGGUGAUGUUGUGGGUCUAUGGAUCACUGGGAGUCAGUAUCCAGACCUGGUUCAUCUCUAUGCGAUCAGCCGUGCUGGUUUCGUUCCUCAAGUUUUCAGUCAAAAAUACACAGAGCAAGGUCUAGCAGUUGUUCGGGACCUCCUCACUGCCUGCGAAGCCAAAGUCCUACUAUACGAUCCUGUUUUCGAGGGAAUUGUGCAGAGUCCGAGCCUUACUCUUGCAUGUCAACGAAUACCUCCCCUGGUGUCGCUGACAUACGUUGACGCGGCACUGCCAUCACUCCCUGAUGUCAAGCCAACAGAUACUGCUAUGAUCUUCCACACGAGCGGUACCACUUCCGGGAAGCCUAAGCCCGUUCCCGAGAGCCAUAGGUGGUUCCGGUUCCAAGCGAUUCAAUGGAAGGGUAUUUGUCAAGCUGCGCCAUUCGAUGGCCAGGAUGUGUACAAUAACAUCGGCUCAUAUGGUCACGUCGGCAGUGCGACCAUGAUCAGCCACCUUGGUGCAUCUGGUCAAUGCAUGGUUAGACUCGCAAGCAAUACAUUGGACCGUGAACAAAUCCUUGAGCUGACACGACUGGCUGGCCUUAACAACCUCUUCAUCUAUGCACCAUGGCUCUCGAAACUAGUAAAUCUCGCCAAGACAGACCCCGAGAUUUUAACUGUACUGCGCUCAAUGCGUCAAAUAUCGUAUACUGGCGCCUCAUUAAAUCCCGAAGACGAGCAGUGGAUCAUCGAAUCCGCUAUCCCUGCGACUUGUGUCUAUGCAACGACCGAGAUAGCGCUUUGUCUGGUUUCAGACCUUGAUCGUGUCAAGAUGAUUCCCGCCAUGCGUCUUGUGCCCGGCGUUCAGUGCCAAUUCAUUCCGACCAAUUCUUUGACACACGAACUAGCCACGAACGCCCAUGGUCAACUUACAGGGAAUCAACUGUAUGACUUCUUCAUUCCGGAGUCUGCACCAAACUGCCCGCACCCGUCUAUUCGCAACCGGCCUGAUGGCCAUAUCUCGGGCGAUCUAUUCGAAGAAGUCUCACCUGGGUAUUAUGUGUUCCGCGGCAGAAACGACGAUUGGAUUAGAACGGGUCCUACUUGUGCUUUUUGCGACACGAAAUCCAUCGAGGACAACUGUAUGCUUACCUGUGCCGACCUGGUCAAAAACUGCACCGUCGUCGGGCAUUACAAGCCUGCGUUGGUCCUCUUCAUCGAACCUGCCCUUGCACUCUCCAGCGAGAGCGAUUUGGCGACGUUCAAGAUGGAAAUUUUGAAGCAAACGGCAGCUUUCAAUGCACGCUUGUUUUCGCACGAAAGAAUCACGGAUGCGCGGAGGAUUGUUGUUGUGCCUCCAGGGAGCUUACCACGCACGACUGAAAAAGGCAAUGUCCGCCGCAAGGCUGUAGAAGAAGACUACGCCAGUCUGUUGCAAGAUAUAUAUACUUCAAAGGCCUAG